AUCGGCAGUUAAACUACAUUACCCAAGAUGCGUUAGAAAAAACAGUGUUUCUGUUACCGAAGGGUUCGGGUUAAGUUUUUGACAUUUAAUCUGUGUUUAACAACGUUUCGUGGGAGUUAUUUAUUGAACUAAAACGUUAAAAGGCGUUAAGAGUCAUACACCUUUAAAUACUCGCUUUCCUCCAUCAGCAGUUAGUCUCAAACCGGGGUUGAACUAUCGACAGGAUGUGACGCAUUUAGUUAGCUUCUGUAUUGUUAGCAUGUGUGCUGUGCUAAAUGUAGGAUAAUUCACGUGUAACUAGAAUUAAGCGUUAAAAGUUUAGUUUAAAAGUCCAGGAUUUGUAAGGAUACUUCUUUUAGUUUGCUAUGGGACUUACUAUGAUGACUACGAAAACGUGAGCGAUGCCCAGGCUGAAUAAGGUACAGAUCAUGCUAACGGUUGAUCAAGUAAACAAUAUUUAACUUUACAAAUAUUAGUAAUAUAUCUCUAAAAGAAUUGCUAAGAGAUAACGAGUGUUUUUUGCAUUCUAAAUAUAAAAAGUGUAGCAUUUUAUACAGGGAAAUAAAUGUAAACCGUGGGCUGUUUAUUCAUAUUUAACUGGAGGUGAUAUUAUAUAUGUAUAUAGGGGAUAAUUUUCAGGUCAGCACACAGCUAAACUUGUGUUUUUCCUUCUGCAGAGUCAGCUCAGUUCUUUAUCAAACUCCUGAGAUUUCUGCUGGUAUGUAGCUCCACACAGCUGCUGCUCAAUCCUCGUGUUUACGUCUCUGUCGUGGGUUCAAUGGGGAAAAGGAAAGACAUGAUUCACCCCAGGUUCCUCGGUGAGUUUAGAAAUAUACACAAUAACUGUAUUAUUAGGGAAAAGAAACAGAUAUAACGCCGGCAAGCGUUCACACCAAGUGAUUUUCAGUAAAUGAUGAUUACCAUACAAUGCACAUGUGAUAGGAUACACAUACGAUUUUUUUUUCAUAGAGUAUGAUAAAAAAGUCACAAUAUUAUGAUGAAUGUCAUAUUAUACCGUGAUGUAAAUGUUUGCUGAAAAAUUAGAAUGUUAAAAUGUCAAAUUUUAGUGUGAAAAAAAUUUAUAUUUUAACCUGAAAAAAUGUCAUGGUAUAGUAUGAUAAAAAUGUCAUAGUAUAGUAUGUAAACAAUGUCAAAAUUUAGUGUGAAUACAAAUUUCAUAUUUUAACCUGAAAAAAAUGUCAUAGUAUAGUAUGAUAAAAAUGUCAUAGUAUAGUAUGUUAAAAAUGUCAAAUUUUUGUGUGAAAAAAAUUUCAUAUUUUCACUUGAAAUAAAAUGUCAUAGUAUAGUAUGAUAAAAAUGUCAUAGUAUAGUAUGUUAAAAAUGUCAAAUUUUAGUGUGAAAAAAAAAUUCAUAUUUUAACCUGAAAAAAAUGUCAUAGUAUAGUAUGAUAAAAAUGUCAUAGUAUAGUAUGUUAAAAAUGUCAAAUUUUGGUGCGAAAAAAAAUUUCAUAUUUUCACUUGAAAAAAAUGUCAUAGUAUAGUAUGAUAAAAAUGUCAUAGUAUAGUAUGUUAAAAAUGGCAAAUUUUAGUGUGAAAAAAAAAAUCAUAUUUUAACCUGUAAAAAAUGUCAUAGUAUAGUAUGAUAAAAAUGUCAUAGUAUAGUAUGUUAAAAAUGUCAAAAUUGAGUGUGAAAAAAAUUUCAUAUUUUAACCUGAAAAAAUGUCAUAGUAUAGUAUGAUAAAAAUGUCAUAGUAUAGUAUGUAAACAAUGUCAAAAUUUAGUGUGAAUAAAAAUUUCAUAUUUUAACCUGAAAAAAAUGUCAUAGUAUAGUAUGAUAAAAAUGUCAUAGUAUAGUAUGUUAAAAAUGUCAAAUUUUAGUGUGAAAAAAAUUUCAUAUUUUAACCUGAAAAAAAUGUCAUAAUUUAGUAUGAUAAAAAUGUCAUAGUAUAGUGAGUUAAAAAUGUCAAAUUUUUGUGAAAAAAAAAAUCAUAUUUUAACCUGAAAAAAAUGUCAUAGUAUAGUAUGAUAAAAAUGUCAUAGUAUAGUAUGUUAAAAAUGUCAAAAUUGAGUGUGAAAAAAAUUUCAUAUUUUCACUUGGAAAAAAAAUGACAUAGUAUAGAAUGAUAAAAACGUCAUAGUAUAGAAUGUUAAAAAUGUCAAAAUUUAGUGUGAAGAAAAAUUUCAUAUUUUCACUUGAAAAACAAUGUCAUAGUAUAAUAUGAAAAAAAAGGUCAGUAUAAUAUGAUAAAAAUGUCAUAGUAUAGUACGUUAAAAAUGUCAAAAUUUAGUGUGAAAAAAAAUUUCAUAUUUUAACCUGAAAAAAAUGUCAUAGUAUAGUAUGAAAAAAAAAUGUCAUAGUAUAGUAUGUUAAAAAUGUCAAAUUUUAGUGUGAAAUAAAAUUUCAUAUUUUAACCUGAAAAAAAUGUCAUAGUAUAAUAUAAUAAAAAUGUCAUAGUAUAGUAUGUUAAAAAUGACAAAAUUGAGUGUGAAAAAAAUUUCAUAUUUUCACUUGGAAAAAAAAUUUCAUAGUAUAGUAUGAUAAAAAUGUCAUAGUAUAGUAUGUUAAAAAUGUCAAAACUUAGUGUGAAAAAAAAUUUCAUAUUUUAACCUGAAAAAAAUGUCAUAGUAUAGUAUGAUAAAAAUGUCAUAGUAUAGUAUGUUAAAAAUGUCAAAUUUUUGUGUGAAAAAAAUUUCAUAUUUUCACUUGAAAAAAAUGUCAUAGUAUAGUAUGAUAAAAAUGUCAUAGUAUAGUAUGUUAAAAAUGGCAAAUUUUAGUGUGAAAAAAAAAAUCAUAUUUUAACCUGUAAAAAAUGUCAUAGUAUAGUAUGAUAAAAAUGUCAUAGUAUAGUAUGUUAAAAAUGUCAAAAUUGAGUGUGAAAAAAAUUUCAUAUUUUCACUUGGAAAAAAAAUGACAUAGUAAAGUAUGAUAAAAAUGUCAGUAUAGUACGUUAAAAAUGUCAAAAUUUAGUGUGAAAAAAAAAUUCAUAUUUUAACCGGAAAAAAUGUCAUAGUAUAGUAUGAUAAAAAUGUCAUAGUAUAGUAUGUUAAAAAUGUCAAACUUAAGUGUGAAAAAAGAUUUAAGAUUUUCACUUGAAAAAAAAUGUCAGUAUAGUAUGAUAAAAAUGUCAUAGUGUAGUUGGAAAAAAAUGUCAUAGGCAAGGCAAGGCAUGACAAGUUUAUUUGUACAUCACCACAAAAACACAAGGCAAUAUCACGUUUUUUACAAUUGGAAGAAAAUACAUUAAAAAAAUUAAUAAACACUUUAAAAUCAAAAGACAAAAAUAUUUAAAACCACAAAGACAUUAAAUGAUUUUAAAUCACCAAGACAAACAAAUUAAUUUUUCAUCUGCUCAAUGUUUGUCCUGAACACCAUGAAAAGCAUUGUUUCCUAGAAAAACAAAAUUGGCCAUAGUAAGUAUAGUAAGUUUAAAGAAAAGGUCUCAAGAAAGGUCUUAUGAUAAAAAUGUAACAAUAUGGUAUGUUAAAAAUGUCAUAUAAAGUAUGAUAAAAGAGUCAUAGUAUGAUAAUAAAAUCUCAUAUUGUUGUAUGAUAGAAAUGUCAUACUAUAGAAUAAUGAAAAAUAUCAUAGUAAAUUAUGUUAAAAAUCAUGGCAUAGUAUAGUAUGUUAAAAAAUGUCAUUGUACAGUAUGAUAAAAUGUCAUAGUAUAGUAUGUUAAUAAUUUCAAGUUUUGGGGUGAAAAAAGAUUUCACAUUUUUACUUGAAAAAAUUACAUAGUAUAGCUCCUUAAAUCCUAAGACCUUGUAAUUCAUGUACCGGUUCUUGUCGUCUGCAGGUGAGGGGGGCUCAGGCUUGCACAGCGUCCACAAAAGGAAACACAAAAAACACAAGAAGCACAAGAGGAAGCACCACAGCUUUACAGAGGUACCUGAGCCUGAGCCUGUGGUGGUUCCUCGUCCUCCUCCUCAGCUCAGGCUGAAGAUCAAACUGGGAGGACAGACGCUGGGGACAAAGAGGUGAGACAGGGUCAAACACUUCUGAGCUCUGUCUUAUCAAACCCUUCAGAUCACUGAAUCAGAUUUUCUUCUUCAUGUUCUCUCUCUGUAGUGUUCCCACCUUCACCGUACACCCUGGUGUGGCCUGUCCGCCUUCCCCUUUAAUGAUCAUACACAACGAUGUGGAUGACGAUGAUGAAGACGAUGACGAUGAGGAGGAUGAUGAUGAGCCUUCUGUGCCUCUUGAGCAGUAUAGAGCCUGGCUAGGUUAGUUACUAAGAAGUAGAUAUCACAGCUAAGCUUCAGUGGAUUUCUCCUUCUCCGAUCAGCUCCUCCACAUCCUUACAGAAGACCGUUUGUCAGUUUGGUCUGAUGAUAAAUCCACAUUUUUACUUUCCCCCUAUGUCAGAUGAAGACAGUAACCUUGCCACGUCUCCCAUGCCAGACAUGGACUCAGACUCGAUGCUGGGCGGGCCUGUAGAUGAGGAGGAGAGGUGGCUGGACGCUCUGGAGAAAGGCGAGCUUGAUGACAACGGAGAGCUGAAGAAGGAGGUGGAUGAGUCUCUGCUGACGGCGCGACAGGUGAGGAAGAAUUUAGAGUAAGUGUUUUUACGAAAGCAGAUCAUCCACAGAAAUCUCUGAGUGUGUUUUUCAUCGUUUGUGUUCAGAAAGCUCUGCUACACAAGCAGCAGAGCCAGCCUCUCCUGGAGCUGCCCAUGGGCUACAAGGAGAAGGAGAUGACCGCGGAGAUGAUGCAGAAGCGGGAGGAACGAGCCCGGAAGCGCCGCCUGCAGGCCGCCAAGAAAGCGGAAGAGAACAAGAACCAGACCAUCGAGAGGCUCACCAAAACCAGCAAGGCCAAGAUCAAGAGCAUGAGAGAGAGGAAGUCCAAGCAGAGCCAGGUCCCCAUGGUCCGCUACAGCGACUCAAUCCAGGGCGUGAACAUCUCCUUCCCCACAGGGGUGCCAACUCCAGCGCCGGCACCUACCUGUCCUCCACCUGCAGCUCCUGUGAACUGUGGAGUCAGCGGCUGCUCCAACUUGAAGAAGUACUCGUGCUCGAAGACCGGGGUCCCGCUCUGCAGUCUGGAGUGCUACAAGACGAACCUGCAGCUGGUUCAGGGCGCUGCAUGAACUACUUACGUGUCCUUCUGACUCCACGCAGAAGAAAAUUGUGACUGAGCAGAUGUAUACAGCCUGUUUUGAGGUUUUCAGAGUAAACAGAUCUUUGUUUUUCUGAAUAAAAACUUUUUUUUAUCAGCCUUUACAUAGGUGGUGUCGUACGAACAAUUAUGGUUUCCCUGCAGUGAUUUAAUUAUGAACAACAAACUGUAUCUGUGUCCCGCUUCAUCAAACAUGGUGAUAUUUAUGAUUCACAUCACAGGAGUGUUUAUCAAGAAAGACAAAGUUCAUAUUUUUGUACAUGUCUGAAAGAAAAUAGAUUUUUUUGUUUGUGAAAUCAUGUUUAGAGGCUGACAAUUAGCUGAUUUAAAUGCAAGAGAAAUAAAAGAACUACUGCAUUCCAUCUUUAAUGUCA